CGAAACACGGAAGGCAUUUUUUUAUAAACAGUAUUUUUAAAAAUCUCAACAAAAAGUCACGUAAACUUCUGCCAUUAGGUGCAAAUUGAAGCUCUAAUAUAUAUUAUAUUACGACAAACUUCUGCCAUUAGAAGCGAACUAAAGCUUCAUUAUAUUACGACUAUAUCAACAUAGAUAACAUAGGUACAUAGAUAUAACAGAAUCUCGUUAUAUCACGGACCGGUAUCUGAUAGCCUCUCGUACAGGUCAGUAUAAUUCUGAAGCUGUGUGGGGAAACAUGAUUGUGUUGUUAAUAUUUUGUUUUGGAUUCAAUGCUGCGCUGGCAGUAUUGGCGCCCGUCGUUACACUGAACGAUGGCAACAAAAUGCCGGUGUUCGCACUGGGAACCGGUAGAGGCACGGCUAAAGAGACAGAAUCUCUAGAAGACGUGAAACAGGCUGUCAUCUGGGCUAUUGAAGCAGGAUACCGGCACAUCGACACAGCUUCUAUCUACGGAGAUGAGGAGCAGGUCGGGCAGGGCAUCGCUGAAGCCAUCAAUAAAGGGCUUGUGACCAGGGAAGAGAUGUUUGUCACUACUAAGCUAUGGAGCGACAAACACGCCAGAGAUCAAGUGGUGCCUUCACUAAGAGAGUCUCUCAAACGACUGGGUCUCAGCUAUGUCGACUUGUACCUCAUACACUUCCCGUCAGCGGUCAACAGUGAGGGUGCGCCAUUAAAUAUUCCUUACUUGGAGACAUGGAAGGGCAUGGAGGAAGCCAAAAGACUGAACUUGACUAAAUCCAUAGGAAUCUCCAAUUUCAACGCCUCUCAGAUCCAAGAUUUGUUCGACGAUAAAAACGGAAUCAUGCCAGCUGUGAACGAAAUAGAGGUAAAUCCCACUCACGCCCAAGAAGCCCUGGUCUCCCAUUGUAACAACUUAGGCGUUGCCGUCAUGGGGUACAGUCCUUUUGGCUUCAUGGUGUCAAGAAAGUCAGCUAAUGCCCCCCCACCAAGGUUUGACGACCCCCUUAUCACAACAUUGGCUGAGAAAUAUAAGAAGACUCCUGCGCAAAUUGUCUUAAAUUGGCUGUAUUCUAGAUCGGUCAUCCCGGUCGCGAAGUCAGUGAACAAGAAACGUAUUGAGGAAAACAUCGAUAUAUUUGACUUUAAGCUGAAUGAUGAGGAGAUCGCAGCUAUCGCCAAGUUCGACAAAAAACUAAGAGUCAUUGACUUUAAAGACUGGAAGGAUUACCCGUAUUUUCCGUUUGAGUAUUAAAAUUUAGUAAUAUAAGAUUAUUUUAAAGAUAUUUUCUGAAAAAAG